AUGAAUAGUUCUUAUUUGGUGGCUCGGCUCAACUGUCAAUCCAAUGGUUUACAUAACAUACUUGUCUUUAACUUGGCAGCAUUUGUGGAAGCGAUUGGUGGGUCAGGUGUGGAUUACACCGUUAGAUUUUGUUCGUCUGUCAGAACAUUUCCUAAGAUUCGACCCGGUGGCCGACUCAGGUCAACUGACAGACUUGUUUCCCCCAAUGUCGAUUUCAUGGCAGAUUUCUAUGGAGAAAGAAAUGGAUUUUUGGGGAUUUGGCGCAACAAUGCUGAAAUUAUGAAGGUGUGGAUAGUCGAUGUAUUUGGGCUAAACAUACCCACCUCAGGCGACCAUAACCUCGUCGUCAACACAUACAUCCGCGACUUGAUCGUCACUGCAGGUGGGAAAACUUUAUAUAAUAUCACUGAUCUUCAAAUGGGUCCACAUCCAAAUGUGACGCCAACCUUCACGAAAUAUGGUUAUAUGCUUUUGAUCAACACAAACGGAACAAUUUUGUGGAAGACUCCAUUUACCACAAUCAUUCCACCUGGUAAGUACUUGUAG